AUGGCCAUCAUCACCGAUCAAAACUACGACAAUAUGAUGUUUGUUCAAACAACUGCGAUUUUUAAAAACACGGAUACAUUUUUUCGUGCUGAAAAUAAUUCUCUAGAAAUGUAUGAACACUCCCCAUAUGCAUGCCUUACUUUGGAUCAAAGAUUUGCCGGAAGAAUGCACCUGAAGAAGAGAUAUCGAAUUUCUACA